AUGGCGCCCUCUAUCUACAUCGACGAGGAUGUCGGCCACGACGAUGUCUCAGCCGCCGGCACCGAGUCUGCCCCCUACAAGACCCUUUUGCACGCCUUUGUGCAGCACGCCCCUACUACCGAGGGCAUUCAGUACUUGACCCGCAAGUCCCAGACAGACGCCGCUGGCGAGGAUGUCGACCCCGCCGCCAAGCUGGAGUGGAAGCCCGCGACCAAGUCCGCCAUGAAGAAGGCCACCAACCUGUGGGAGCAGCGCAAGAAGAAGGCCGCCAAGGAGCAGGAAUUGGCGAUCCGCGAAAAGGCCGAGGCUGAGAAGCGUCAGAAGGUCCUGGAUGAGGCUAAGAAGGUUGUCAUCACCGAGGACGCCUCCCUGCCCAAGCCUGUCCGCAUCCGCCUGGAUGAGACCGACCCGGCCGUCGUCUCGCUCCGUACUCCAGAGUCUGAUACCCCGGGCACUCGUGUCCGUGUUCUCGGUCGUGUGCACCGCAUGCGCGCGCAGAAGGACUACGUCUUCAUCACCCUGGCCGACGGAUACGGCUACCUUCAGUGCAUUCUGACCGGCGACCUGGUCAAGACCUACGAUAUCAUGACCCUCACCCUGGAGACCUCCAUCGCCAUCCACGGUGAGAUGCGCGCUGUCCCUCCCAAGCAGCACGCCCCCAACGACCGUGAGCUGCACGCCGACUUCUUCACCAUCAUCGGCCGCGCCGCCGGUGACAAGGAGGCCAUCACCACGCGCGUGGCGCCGGACGCCGACCCGCAGACCCUGUACGACAACCGACACCUGGUGCUACGUGGCGAGACUUCCUCGUCCGUGAUGAAGGUGCGCGCCGCCACUCUGCGCGCUUUCCGCAAGGCCUUUGAGGAGAACCGUAUGCUGGAGGUUACUCCCCCGGCCAUGGUGCAGACCCAGGUCGAGGGUGGUAGCACCUUGUUCGGUUUCGACUACUACGGCGAGAACGCAUACCUCACUCAGUCCUCGCAGCUGUACCUGGAGACCUGUCUCCCCUCCCUGGGUGACGUGUUCUGCGUUUGCCCGUCUUUCCGCGCUGAGAAGUCUCUGACCCGUCGUCACUUGUCGGAGUACACCCACAUCGAAGCCGAGCUGGACUUCAUCACCUUCAACGACCUGCUGGACCACCUCGAGGCUAUGAUCUGCCGUGUCAUCGAGCUGCUGCUCGCCGACCCCGAGGCGUCCAAGUACAUCUUCACUCUGAACCCAGACUUCAAGCCUCCUUCCCGGCCAUUCAAGCGCAUGAAGUACUCCGACGCGAUUGACUGGCUUGUUGCCCACGACAUCCCCAACGAGGAGGGCCAGCCCCACACCUUCGGUGACGAUAUUGCCGAGGCUGCCGAGCGCAAGAUGACGGAUAUUAUCAACCAGCCUAUUUUCCUCACACACUUCCCUGCCGAGAUCAAGGCCUUCUACAUGAAGAAGGACGAGAGCGAUCGCCGGGUUACCGAGAGUGUCGACGUUCUGAUGCCCGGUGUCGGCGAGAUCGUUGGUGGAAGUAUGCGUAUGGAUGACUGGGAUGAGCUGAUGAACGCUUACAAGCACGAGGGCAUGGACCCUAAGCCUUACUACUGGUACACUGACCAGCGCAAGUACGGUACCUCCCCCCACGGCGGCUACGGCCUCGGCCUGGAGCGCUUCUUGGCCUGGCUGUGCGCUCGCUACACCGUGCGCGACUGCUCCCUGUAUCCCCGUUUCACGGGCCGCUGCACGCCUUAA